UUUAAUAGCCACAGUGCCAGUGUUCGGUGAGCACGGCGAAAGCGAUCCCCAAAAGUCGCAAACUCAAAACAAAUCACAAACAAAAAACCAGAGGGAGUCCCCUGGCGGAAGCAGACGAUCCCCCAGUAUUAUAGUAUCAUCGAAGCUCACACAAUUGGAUACUUUUGACCUUAGUCGGCAGCGGUGACAUACCAACCAUUGGAAAUUGCUCAUCGUUCGUAGAGUUCCCCCAGCGACAGAGAAAAGAGAGAUAGUAUAGCCCCCGAAAAAAAAACUAGAGAAUGAGAUAGCCGAACGUUGAACGGUGAUUUUUAAUAGUGAUUAGCAGCGGAAAGAUACGAAACCUGAGGUAAUUCACACUAAAAUGGGUGUUCGUGUGAUAGAGACCGAUUCGGCGAGCGAUUCGUAUGACGAUGACGAGUGCUCUACUUGCCAGAAAGAGCAGCAGGGUAAACCCCCCAGCAAGACCAAGAGGAGUCCCUCUCCACCGGAGGAGACGACCAUCUAUGCCAGCAAAGAUCUGGUGGGCAAUUGCAAGGAGUAUCGCAUCGAGAAUAACUCAAGGGAUCUGAGGAUCAUCGGCAAUGGCAACCGGAUACGUAUAGUGAAUAACUCCGGCAGUCUGCAAAUUAUUGGCAACAGCACUAGGCUUAAGAUCCAGAGCAACAGUGGUUCCAUAAAGUAUACCGGAAAUGAUGGAAGGAUAUACCUGGGCAGCAGUUCUACGCAGCAAGUGGUGGACUACACGGGCUGCAACGGACUGCUCAAGGUGGUGAAAUCUCUGGAUCUCAGCGGUGAUGCCAAGAAAAAGUCCAGCUCUCAAGCGAAAAAGCCCCAGACAACGGAUUCCAGCCAAAACAGGUCCGGGGGCGUUGAGAUCGAAAGCAAGUUUACCGUCCAGCAUGGAGCUGGGAAUAUUGUGAUUAAUAAUGCCAUUAAUGUGAGCAUUUGAAGUAAUGGAGCUCUCUAAGUCUUCCUAGGCCAAAGAUUAGUGUACUGCAACUCUUGCCGCCGAACUCAACGGUUCCUAUCGACUGCUUAUACCAAGUUAUCAAGUCCUAUAAGUGACUUCCGACUGCUUUUAAAUCAUAACACAUUCAGCAUCGUCAAGUAUUAAACGCCACGUCGCUAGUCUAGAAUAUCCAUUAGUAAUCACAAAGCCACCCACUGAUUAGGGAAAUAUAUAUGUAUGAAUAGUCGUAAUGAACAAAGUUUAAACUUCAUUCCGAGAAUGAUUAAUCUGAUUUAAACCAAAUAAAAAUAUAUGUGCGUAAAAGAAA